GAAGAAAAAUCAUCCGGGCGUCUCUAGCUGCUCUCAUGUGUGACCAUAGCUCCCGUCUUCACCAAUAGGAAAGUACUGCUGUGCACAGAACAGGAAGUUGGCGCACACACACUCGGGCCCUAAUGACGAUAAAACGGAGAGCAGGGAUGACACGACAGAGGAAAAUGUCCAGAUGACAUCCUCCAACUAUGCUGACAUAGGUUUUAACAGUUGAUUGACCACACAGCACCACAUCUCCCCUCCUGCUGUCACCCGCUCCUCGUCCGUCCAGCCAUGUUGUGGAGGAAGAAGCUGUGUGUUGGCGCGGUGAUCGCCACCGUCCUCUUCCUCAUGCUCGCCAGUCAGACCAUACAGAGAAGACACUCCUUGUCUCAGUCGUUGGCCACGUCUUUCAGCCGGGCCUCGAUGUCUAGGAAAGACAGCAGCACGGGGAUAGUGGUUGAAUCCACGGCGUCUGUUGCGGACCAGCUCUCUAAGCUGGAAAGUGAUGUUCCUCCCAACACCCCCAAACCUGAGCCUGAGGCUGAGGUGGAGCUUCUAGAGAAGACCCAGGAAAACAAGAGGCCCUGUGGUUGUUCUGACUCUUGUAUAUCAGACCUGAGUGAGUCGAAGUGGUUCAGUGAACACUACGAUCCCAAACAGCAGCCCGUCCUCCUAGGCGACAACAACAACUUCGAUCCAGACGCCCUCAAAUGGUGGCUGGCUCUUCAGCGGUCUGGAAACGACCAGACUUUAGAGCAAGUGAUGUCGGAGAUGUUCCGGGUCAUUUCUCCUCCCACUGUGGAUGCUACGCCCCCCUCCCAACGUUGCCGCAAGUGUGCAGUGGUCGGCAACUCUGGCAACCUGCAACAGUCCAAAAAUGGCAAAUUGAUCGACUCCCACGACUUUGUGAUCCGGAUGAACAAGGCGGUGACUCGAGGAUUUGAGACAGACGUCGGGAAUCGGACGACACAUCAUUUUAUGUACCCUGAGAGCGCAGUGGACAUUGAUCAUGGUGUCAGCCUCGUCCUGCUGCCGUUCAAACUGAGAGACCUGGAGUGGCUGACCAGCGCACUGUCCACCGGCACCGUCAAAAUGACCUACAUGAGGGUUAAAGAGAGAGUGGCGGCUGAUAAAGACAAGGUUCUGGUGGUGAACCCUGUGUUCUUUAAGUACGUCAAUGAUCAUUGGACUGAGCGUCACGGUCGCUACCCGUCCACCGGCAUGCUGGCCAUAAUCUUCGCUCUGCACACCUGCGACCAGGUGUCGGUUUUCGGUUACGGCGCUGACAAGCAGGGGAACUGGCAUCACUACUGGGAGGAGAAUCGCUAUGCUGGAGCCUUCAGGAAGACCGGUGUCCACAGCGCUGACUUUGAAACCGAGGUCAUCCAGCAGCUUGCCAAGAACGGAAAGAUCAGCCUGCACCUGUGACCUACAGACCUGAGGACCUACAGACCUGCUGACUAAAGACUGACCUACAGACCUGCCAACCUAGAAACUGACCUACAGACCUGCUGACUAAAGACUUGCUGAUCUACAGACCUGGGGAUAGUUUACAAGUUCAAGUACACAGAUUUAUGAAGCCUUCAGCACUGUGGACAGCUCUGUAAACUCCUCUCCACUGUAACUGUACCUGCUCAAAGGUCAAGAGAUCCUGACCUCCAAUCUGUGUUACUGGGGAAGGACAUUUUUAGAGAAGAGAUGGAGUCUGACAGUUGAAGCUUGAGCAUGAAAAAACAAAAACCUGCUUUAGAAAUCCAGUUGUCACAGCAAAGGAAUCGAGAAUGGCAUAAAUAGAAUAAAUCCCAUAUAUCCAAGUCAAAACUUUUAACAUCUACCUCAGCAAUUUUUAUUAUAAGCUGUUCAUUUGUAUUUAUUCACCAUAUAUGCAAAUUGCUGUCUUAUCAUUUGGAGCAUUGGUUGAUUUAGGGACAUUAUUAUGUAGCCACAUUCUUUUAAAAGAUUGAUAAACUGCAUUAUAUUGAUGAGGUGAACCGUCACAUCUUCCUCUGUGGCUUGUUCUCUGAUAAUGUUCCACUGCCUCAACCAGUCAUUUGCAUAACCAAGAGAGCCACUGCCGGCCAUGCAAAUGCAAAUGUUGUGCUUCAACCCAUGACGGUGCAUUUCCUCUACUCUGCUCAUUUCAGCAACCCAUAUCAGUUUAAA